AUGGAAAUUUCUAAAUCACAAGAAAAUGUCUUGGUAAAAAAACAUCAUGUACAAAAUAAUUUAGAAAAAAAAUUAUGUAUAACAGCAACUGAUCUUUCUCAAUUACUUAACCAUGUUCUUAAACUUGAUCGUCUCAAACGAAUCAUUGAUAUGAUGACAAUAAUUAAAAACUAUAUACAUUUACAUCCAAUAAAUACAUUCAAUGCACUCAAACCAUUAAAAUUAGAAUUCGAUUUUAAUAAUUAUGAUAUGAAAUUUUUACGUGAUUUAAAACUUUUAAGUGAUAUAUGGUAUAAAAGAUAUUUAUUAUCCCAAACAAAUGAAACAGAUCGAAGAGUUUCAGAAAUAGUUGAUGAAGAACAAGAAUAA